GACCUGUUCCUCGUUUUGGGCUUGACUGCCCACGUAUGGACUCUCAACCCUGAUGACCCCAACGUCUGCAGCCACUGGGAAAGCUACGCCGUAACCGUUCAGGAGUCUUACGCUCACCCGUUUGACCAGAUCUACUACACCAGGUGCACAGAUAUCCUGAACUGGUUCAAGUGCACAAGGCACAGGAUCAGCUAUAAAACAGCUUACCGGCGGGGAGUGAGGACCAUGUAUAGGCGCCGCUCACAGUGUUGUCCUGGUUACUUUGAGAGUGGAGACUUAUGCGUUCCUCUGUGCACAGAAGAGUGCAUCCACGGCCGCUGCGUGUCUCCUGAUACCUGCCAGUGUGAGCCAGGAUGGGGUGGACUAGACUGCUCCAGUGGUUGUGAGAGUGACUUCUGGGGACCUCAUUGCAGCAAUCGGUGCCAGUGCCAAAACGGGGCUAAGUGCAACCCUAUCACCGGGGCAUGUGUCUGCACCGAUGGAUACCAAGGCUGGCGCUGUGAGGAGCCCUGUGAGCCCGGUUACUACGGUAAGGCUUGCCAGCUGCCAUGCCAGUGUCUCAAUGGAGCCACCUGCGACCACGAAACCGGAGAGUGCAUCUGUGCACCGGGCUACACGGGCGCCUUCUGUGGAGAGCGCUGCCCCUACGGUAGUCAUGGGCCGCAGUGUGAGCAAGGUUGCCCCUGUCAGAAUGGAGGCACGUGCCACCACAUCACUGGGGAUUGUUCUUGCCGCGCGGGGUGGACGGGUUCUGUUUGUGGCCAGCCGUGCCCUCUUGGCAAGUACGGCAUCAACUGUAAUAAAGACUGUUCCUGCCGCAAUGGCGGCCUGUGUGACCACGUCACGGGCCAGUGCCAGUGUGCAGCCGGCUUCAGCGGUCGCAGGUGUCAGUAUGACUGUCCUACGGGCACAUAUGGCCUGCAGUGUAACCACAAAUGUGAGUGCCACAAUGGAGCCAAGUGCCACCACAUCAAUGGAGCUUGUCUGUGUGAAACUGGCUUUAAAGGGCCCAAUUGCCAGGAGAGAUUCUGUCCUCUGGGCCUCUACGGCCUUAUCUGUAACAAGUACUGCCCCUGCAACGCCACCAACACUGUGAGCUGCCACCCACUUUCUGGAGAGUGCACCUGCACUCCGGGAUGGAUGGGCAUUUACUGUAAUGAGACCUGCCCGCCUGGCUCCUUUGGGGAGGGAUGCAUGCUGCCUUGUAGCUGCAGCAAUGGAGCUGACUGCCACCCGAUCACUGGUACCUGCAUGUGUGCACCAGGCUUUAUGGGUGAAGACUGUGCCACUGAGUGUCCUCUUGGUUCGUUUGGACCAAGCUGCAUGUCCACCUGCUCCUGCCAUAACCACGCUUCCUGCUCGCCUGUUGACGGAUCCUGCACGUGCAAGGAAGGGUGGCAGGGUGUGGACUGCACCAUCCUGUGCUCCAGUGGUCUUUGGGGUCUGGGCUGUAAUCAGUCUUGCUUGUGUGGCAACGGUGCUGCUUGCGACCCAGUCGACGGCACCUGUACAUGUUCUCCUGGAUGGAGGGGCGAGCACUGCAAUGAGCCCUGCCCUGAUGGCACUUUUGGGCUGGAGUGCAGGGAGCGCUGUGACUGCAGUCAUGCGGACAGCUGCGACCCAGUGAGCGGAUACUGCCGCUGUCACCCAGGCUGGACAGGAAUCCACUGUGAUAACGUGUGCCCACAAGGCUACUGGGGCAACAACUGUUCACUCAGCUGCCCAUGUCAGAAUGGAGGCUCCUGCUCUCCUGAGGAUGGAACAUGUGUGUGCGCACCUGGAUUCAGAGGGACUUCUUGCAAAAGGACUUGCUCUCCGGGCUUCUACGGGCACCGCUGCAGCCAAUCAUGCCCUCGGUGUGUGCACAGCACGGGGCCGUGCCAUCACGUAAAUGGCCACUGCGAGUGUCUGUCUGGCUACUCGGGCCCUUUAUGCAGCCAAGUUUGUCCCAGCGGCAGAUAUGGAAGGGCCUGUGCGGAAAUUUGCCGCUGCACCAACAAUGGCACCUGUAACCCCAUUGAUGGAUCCUGCCAGUGUUUCCCUGGUUGGAUUGGGCACGACUGCUCUCAGGCCUGUCCCUCCGACCGCUGGGGCCCGGAUUGUCUUAAUUCAUGUAACUGUCACAAUGGAGCUCAGUGCAGUGCCUAUGAUGGAGAGUGUAGAUGCGGACCGGGCUGGACCGGUCUCUACUGCACACAGCGCUGUCCCUCAGGCUUCUACGGCAAGGAUUGUUCCGAAGUGUGUCGCUGCCAGAACGGCGCCGAGUGCGACCACAUCACGGGCCUGUGUGCGUGUCGAACCGGCUUCAUCGGGGCCAGCUGCGAGCAGAAGUGUCCUGCUGGUACAUUUGGAUAUGGCUGUCAGCAGCUGUGUGAGUGCCUGAACAAUGCUACCUGUGACUAUGUGACCGGGACAUGCUACUGCAGCCUGGGUUAUAAAGGCAUCCGCUGUGAUCAAGCAUCUCUCAUGAUGGAGGAGCUGAACCCCUACACCAAGAUUAGUCCGGCCCGUGGCUCGGAGCGCCAGUCCGCAGGCGCCGUCAUGGGCAUCAUCUUCCUCCUCCUCAUCAUCAUGGCCAUGCUCAGCUUGUUCGUGUGGUACAGACAGAGGCAGAGGGAGAAGGGACACGAGAUCCAGCCUAGUGUGUCGUACACGCAAGCCAUGCAAAUGACCAACACUGACUCUUCUCUCUCUGAGUGUGGCAGCACCGUGGCCAUAAAGACCAGUGCAGCUGAGGUCAAUCACAAUCCAAGCAGCAGCAGCAGUGGGCAGUCCUUUGCCAACCCCAGCUAUCACACGGUGGCCCAGUGCAACGUUGUAUCAACCAUCUCCAGCAACCUGGAUGCCACGCUGACCCUCAAAUCGAGCACUCUGAAAAACCGAAAUGGUUCCGACUGGAGAGCCUACUGCAACCUCACUGAUCUCGCAGAUGUUCAACAGGGGGAGACGCAGACUGCGAGAGGCUCCAGAAAAGAUUACAUCAAGGGCACCGUGUGCAACAACAACUCCUGCUCCUUGAACACAGAGAACCCCUACGCUACCAUCAGGGACCCGCCGGGGUUGGCGUGCAAGCACACAGAGAGCGGCUACGUGGAGAUGAAGUCCCCCUCUCACCGCGAAGUGCCCUUCGGGGGCACCGCCACCCUCCUGGGCGGCACCAGAGGGAACAUAUAUGAUGUCGCCAUCUCAGAGCCCACGGUGAGUGUUUUGCAAGGGCCCAACGGGAUGGCCACCGGCUUCUCCCAGAACCCCUAUGACCUUCCCCGCGGCGCCCACAUCCCGACCCACUAUGACAUUCUGCCUAUGCGCCACAGCCCCACGCACACUCCCCCGCCGCCACACCCGGAGAGCCCCAGCUCCCUCCUCUAGAGGACCCAACCCGACACCCUGGCAACAGUCGACUUUCAUACAGCUCCUUUGUCUUCAUGUGGUCAACAAGGAUUUACUUGACAGCCACAACUCUUUUGGAACGGAAAAGGAAAAAUCAAUGGAAGAACGGCCUCACACCAGCAAUCAUUCAGCUAUUUUAUUUUCCAAGAUCCCCCGACUGCUUGCCCGGAUCUUGAUGGACCCUCUGGGGUGAAACACGGAUCUUCCAGAGGGAGCUAAGGCUUCCACUUUUGGAUUGGAUGGAAAAGUUAUUCACAGGGACAGAGCUGUCCUUCACUUUAGUUUAUAGAAGGGCAAAAUGUGGUUGACGUUAGUAACGGUUGUGCCUGUCCCAGAUAAGCGUGUACAGCAGUUAGGAUGUAUAAUGUACAGCAGGGGUGGGAAAUAUUAUGUGCUCAAGGGCCGCAUUUGAUUUUGAAAAGGGCCAGGUAAUUUGAACAUUAGGUGAAAAAAUAAAAUGCUUUAAAGGGGUCGUUGCAGUGUUAAACUUCAAAGACGUGACCUAACUAAUUAAAAAAGAAAAAAAAAAAAACACACACGCAACCAAAUUAUGUCACUCACAGUCAGUCGUUUUCUUCGCCAUGCGCCAGUAAUGAGCACACAGCGAUGAGAUGACAGGGUCAAUGUGAAGAGCUUCAUUUGUGUUGCAGUGUGAAUGAGGUUGUGAUAUUCUGGUCAGCAGAGUUUACGCGCUGACUGCAUCAACAACAACAAAAUCAUCUCAACUUUUGGAUUUGCUCCUCAUUAAUGAACUGACUGGAUCUUGUGUUGUUUUGUGCCAUAACGUUUCUUACAAAUGUCUGUACAGGGUGUCGAGGAGGGAUGGUUUUGACCUUUAUGUUUGAUAUUUAUACAGCUAAUUUAAUUAUUUAUUCAUUUAUAUUAUUAGUGAUGGUGAAUUUAAUUCAUGUGACACUAGAACAACAUAAAAAAAAGAAAAGAUGAGCAUGAACACAUUAUGGGUACCCACUGAUGUACAUAACACCAACACUUCGAACUUAUCUUCUUGUGAGAUGUAAUUUUGUGAAGCGUUUUAAAAUUGAAUUUUCUCUCUCUCACCCCUUCUCUCGCUCUGUGAAAUUGUAAAUUAAAGUUUAGAUUUAAAAAAAAAAAAAAAGAUUUUAUCUGAUCCAUUCAGCACCCUCAAAUAUCUUGUGUGGGAAAGGGGGAUCCUCUAUUUGCAUUAAAAAAAUGUCAUUUGUUAUCAAUUACAAUGAAUUGAUUCAUUGACUGUGUCACUUGCAUUAUGGCCUCUGCAGGAGCAAUAACAUAUUGACAAUCAUUACCUAUACUACAUUUCAUCUGUAUUGGACUGUUUUCUCUUUGGAGCAGGUUUAUUUUCUAAUCACUUGCUGUCCUCUCAAUGCUGUU